GCUGCUGCCGGCGGUGUGAAGAAACCUCAUCGUUUCCGUCCGGGCACUGUUGCCCUUCGUGAAAUCAGGAAGUAUCAGAAGUCCACAGAGCGCAAACUUCCCAUUAUUCAGCCUAAGGAUUUGGCUCUUGGUGCGUUAACUAUUCUAAGAUUGCUUAUUCUCAUAUGUCCCACUAGCUCGACGAUUGCGCGGGGAGAGGACUGCCUGAGGACACCAUGGGACGCGCGCUUUGGUUCAUUGUUUUUGUUGUCUCGGUUUGUAUAUUAAACCAUUCCUAUAGUACUUGUGCAAUUGAAUCUGUCACGAAUCUAACUUUUGUUGCUUCAUCAGCUUUGAGGCUGAGCAGAGGACCUGAUUAGAACUUGUUACGUGAUUCGUUGCAGUGGCAAUCGACCCAGUGGGGGAGCGGUACCUGCGAUGAGCUUUGACAGUGAUGAUCUUAAUGGUCGGUCUGGUGAUAAAAAGUUCCUGGCAGAUGGGGUACAAUCGACUGUCUAUCGGGAGCCGGAUGCUUCAGGAUCUAGCAAUCGGGACGGUUGGAUAGCUGUUAAGAUUGUCUCAUUCCAUGCGCAGAACUCCGUUCGACCUCAUAACAUCGUGCGAGAGCAUCAGUUCCUGGCAGGGUUAGAUCAUCCUAAUAUCAUCCGUCCUUUCGAUUUCUACAGGAAUGAUGACUUGCAGCAAUACGAGCUCCGCAUGCCAAUCAUCCCUCUUUCCCUCGAUGUACUACUUGACUCACCCCAUUUCAUUCCAUCUGCUCCUGUUGUGGACAUCCCACUUCCAGAACCGCCUUUCAUCUCAAUUUCGUCCGGAAAGCAAGACACCUUCAUAAUUCUUGCGAAGUCUAUUAUGUUCCAACUUGUUUCAGCCAUCGCUUAUUUACAUGGUCUUGAACCCGCCAUUGCUCAUCGAGACAUCAAGCCUGGAAAUGUACUUAUUGACGACACCGGCUGUAUCAAGCUCAUCGACUUUGGCAUUGCGUGGGAUGGAGAAUUGCGCCACCUCGGGGUUAACUUGCAUGGGAAUAAGCAUGAUUCUCCAUAUCAACACAAGGCCGAGACUGCAGACUCGAUGUGCUGCCAAGUUGGGAGUAGUGUUCAUCGCGCUCCCGAACUCUUGUUUUCCCCUGAUACAUAUAAUGCUCCCGCGACAGAUCUCUGGAGUCUAGGCGUCACCUUCGCUGAAUUUUUCACUCCUCUCCGCCUUAUAAUUGAGGUUGACUGGGAUGACGAAGACGAAACUAGCAACCGGGGUGAUGGAGACGGCACUCUAGAGAAGUGUUCCUCUCUCAUUAUCCCUGAAAGACCUAUCCCUAGUCAAUCUACUCACUGGUGCCGAGAAUCGUUAUUUGAUGGCUCCCGUGGCGAGCUUGGUCUUAUUUGGAGCAUUUUCCGAAUACGCGGCACGCCGAAUCCGACUACUUGGCCGGACCUUGAAAAACUUCCUAGUGCUAAGGCGAUGGCCUUUCGGGAGACGCAGCCAAUCGAACUCGCUUCAGUUCUACCAAACCUUCCUGAGCCAACUGAUAGCAGGUCGUUCAUACUGGACAUGCUUGAGCGUCUCUUGGUAUAUGAUGGAUCAUCGAGGAUAACUGCUCGCGACCUGCUAUCCCAUCCCUUUUUGGCCAACACAACAGUCCCGUUGUUGUUCCCUGCGGACUACAUGAGUGCAACUUCUCAUCCAGAUGCGUCCUAUGUUAGGGAUGGGAUGUCAAUGAGAGAUAUUUUGCAGCCCGGAAUCGAAUCGGCUUGGGAGGCCAUGGGAUUGUGACAGGCUUCAGUAAUUGUCUACCAUCUGACUCCAUUGUAAGGGAAAUACAUCGACUUAUAGCCUUUUCUG